CUCCAGCAACCAGAGAAUAAGUCAAAUUAAAGAGGCAGGACUAUGUGUUCAUAAUACAAAAGGUAUUAGAUACUUUAUGGGGAAAACUACUCACUUUUUUCUUACUUAGGCUCACAAACGUCUACCUCCCAUGGAUAUUUGUAAAACCAGCUUUCUUGUUACUCCUUGAAAGUCUAGGUGACCCAUCCCACAUACCUUCUUGGUUUCGAUUGCUGCAGUCUUCCUUCUGGACAAAGCAACAUAUCAUUACUCUCUUCAAUUAUACGUUCUUGUAGCAGGUUUGACAAAUGACAACACUGAGAAGUUUAACUUAAGUAUCUUUCCACUUGCCCCUCUUACGUUUCUCUUGCUGCUCUUACUCAUAGUCCUUCCUGAUUCGUUUCAUUUAAGGAUGUUUGAAGAGUUGCAACUUUCCUCUCUUCCAAAGUAUUUGUCGUAGGAGAGGUUCCUGCCACCCCGGCCCCGAGGCUUUAGCUAAGCCUGACGACUGCUUCUCAGCUGGCCAUCCUGGAAGGUAUUUCCAUUGAAUGCUGCUGUCAUGGCCUGAAGAUGACAAGGCAAAGACCUCAUUCUUGAGGAGCCCACGGUCUGGUGGGAGGGUCCUCCCCCAGGAGAUAAUCUAAGGUGGUUUUCAGGAAUUCUAUCUAGCAUAGUGUUCUAAGACUUUCCGCAACAGAAUCAGUAGGUUGCCUUUUAAAAUGCAGAUCCCACCAGACCUAUUAAAUUAGCCUUUCCAAUGGACAAGACCUUAGGAAUCUGCAAUUUUUUAUUUGAUUCUUUCAUACCUUCAUUGUAACGAAGAGCUAAGAUCGAGAGCCUGGGCCAAUUUCAUCAAAGCAUAGAUUAAAUGGGGUAUAAGAGGGGGCCUUCAGAGUUCCCUGGCGUGGGGACUGUUUGGACACCUAAGGGCCUUGGCUGGGUCAGACAAGAGAAAUAGGUCAGAGAGGUCUUUACACAAGUGCUGACAUGACACAGUGCAGCCUCUUACCAACCCAUCCUAGCUCCUGAACAGCUUCCUGGGCCUGAGGUGUGUCUACUGCUUAUCCUGGUCCUCAGCCCCUGUACAGGUUGCAAAGAUGAGUUCUGGGUCUCUGUCCCACACAGGCUCCCGGGAUCCUAUUGACUGUCCCCAGGUCGAGGGCUAAAGAGGAAAAAUGAGCAAGGAGCUCAUUCAUUCAACCCCACUCAUUUGUUUCCAUAAAAAAAUAAAGGCGUGAUGGGGAUGGAAGGGGGUAUGCGGGAACUCUACUUUCCACUCAGCUUUGCUGUGAACGUAAAACAGCUCUUAAAAAGUCGUGUGUGUGUGUAUGUGUGUGUGUGUGUGUGUGUGUGUAUUCACAGAGGGGAUGCCAGCUUCUGGAGAUGAGAAAGUGACAGUAUGAUGGGAAACCAGAUCAUUUGGAUGGAGUGUACAGAACACACAGAAUGAUGGCAGUUUGGUGAGCCUAGAAAUCAUACAGGAUCUUUAGUGUGUAACUAACACCUACUGUGCUCUGGCCACUUUCAUAUACUUCUGAUGUUUUAUCCUCAGCACAGUCGUAGGUAGCAUCAUCAUCCCUUGUUUCAUAGACCAGGGACCUGAGGUUCAGAUUACUCUGAUUUCCCCACGGUCACCUAGCAAAUGUGUGAGUAGUAGAGCCCAGAGUCACACUCAAGCCCUCUGACCUUAUGCCCCUGGCUCUCCUCCCUCCACCACCUUCCACUUCAUCUGUACUUCUCUCCUAGGCAAGAGAGCUCUGAAAGGGGCAAGUGCUAGCUCGACCUAAAAAUAACUUACAUCUAUCGAGCGCUUAGUCGGCUACACUCUGCUAGGCACUUUGCACAGAUUACCUCUUUGAAUCCUCACAACAACCCUAUGGCUGUUGUCAUCUCCAUUUUACAGAUGAGGAAACAGACCUGAUAGAGACUGUGAUGUGUUACAAGUCACACAGCCAGUUGGUGAUGGAGUCAAAAGUGAACCAGGGUUCCAGCUCCCUCCGCUGCCACUGAGGGAGUGGAGAGGAUGGGGCCACCCCCACAGGGUCCAGAUGACAAGGCUUUACAACUCAUGAAAAUCUUCCUCUGGAGCCCAGCCUCGGGGUGGCCCAGCAUGGAGGCAGUCACAGCUCCGGAGGUGGCCCCGGGAUCUACACUGAAGGUGAAGGAAGCCAGCCCAGCCGACGCUGACCUACCCCAGGCCUCACCUCAGCGGGGGGCCGGCAGCCCCACUCCCCAGCUCCUGCCCCCCAUAGAAGAGCACCCCAAGAUCUGGCUCCCCAGGGCCCUGAGGCAGACCUACAUCCGGAAGGCUGGAGACACUGUGAACCUACUAAUCCCAUUCCAGGGUAAACCCAAACCUCGAGCCAUCUGGACACAUGAUGGCUGCGCCUUGGACACCAGUCGUGUGAGUGUGCGGAAUGGGGACCAUGACUCCAUCCUCUUCAUCCGAGAGGCCCAGCGUGCUGACUCGGGUCGCUACCAGCUCAGUGUGCAGCUGGGCAGGCUGGAGGCCACUGCCACCAUUGACAUCCUGGUGAUCGAGAGGCCGGGCCCUCCUCAGAGUAUCAAGCUGGUGGACUUCUGGGGCUCCAGCGCUGCCCUGGAGUGGACACCACCCCAAGACACGGGCAACGCGGCACUCCUAGGAUACACGGUGCAGAAGGCUGACACCAAAUCUGGGCUGUGGUUCACGGUGCAGGAGCGCUGUCACCGCACUAGCUGCACAGUCUCCAACCUUAUCGUCGGCAACUCCUAUGCUUUUCGAGUCUUUGCUGAGAACCAGUGUGGGCUCAGUGAGACAGCCCCUAUCACUGCCGACCUGGCCCACAUCCAGAAAGCAGCUACUGUUUACAAGACCAAGAGGUUUGCUCAGUGAGAUUUCUCUGAAGCCCCGAAGUUCACCCAGCCUCUGGUGGACUGCACUACAGUCAUUGGCUACGACACCCAGCUCUUCUGCUGCGUCCGUGCCUCCCCCAAGCCGAAGAUCAUCUGGCUGAAGAACAAGAUGGAUAUUCAAGGCAACCCCAAGUACAGAGCCCUCACCCACCUGGGAAUCUGCUCCCUAGAAAUCCGCAAGCCUGGUCCCUUUGACGGGGGCAUCUACACGUGCAAGGCAGUUAAUCCCCUGGGGGAGGCGUCCGUGGACUGUCGGGUAGAUGUGAAAGCUCCUAACUGAGGCACCAUAAGAGGACAUGGGCAAUUCUGAGGAAGGAAGCCUGACUGUGGUGAUACUGUGUUCUUAAGGAGCUCCAGCACAGUGUCUGGUUUGCACUAAUCUAAAUAAAG